AUGACGUCUUUGAAGCACGGUGUUAAUCUCAGCCGUCGUGCUUGUAGGCAGCGAAUAAGCCUGCUAGCAGCGGCCACGCUUCUGUCAGUAGCAUCAGCAAACCCUAUUGAAAGCACCACGAAACAGAGUCCGUCCAUAAUUGUCGAUGGCAUCUCAACGUACCCCGGGCUCGGCUUCGGGCCGAUGGGACCAGUGGCGCCCCUGCCCGGAGAACCCCCGGGAACACAACUCCGUCAGCAACAAGAAACCACAACACAAGAAGCGACUACAACACCGAAACCAAAGAAAGAAAGGACCUUCGUGAUUGCUGCGGUCGAAUUCCACAGGGUUGAAACACCGUUCCUAAUUGGAGUGUGGAUCUUCUUUGCGAGCAUAGCUAAAAUAGGUUUCCACAUGGCACCGAAGUUAUCGAAGAUGUUUCCAGAGUCCUGUCUCCUUAUUUUCGUCGGGGUCCUGAUCGGCGCGUUGUUACUAAGUACCCACAGUGUGCACGUACAACCAUUGACGCCAGAUACAUUUUUUCUCUACAUGCUACCACCGAUCAUUCUAGACGCUGGAUAUUUUAUGCCCAACAGACUAUUCUUUGACCAUCUCGGAACAAUCCUACUCUUCGCAGUUGUGGGCACUGUAUUUAAUACUAUUACGAUUGGUGCUUCUUUGUGGGCAUGUGGACAAACCGGAAUGUUUGGAUGUACAACGCCUUUAUUAGAUAUGCUGUUAUUUGGGGCACUAAUCUCAGCCGUGGAUCCAGUAGCAGUGCUCGCGGUUUUUGAAGAAAUUCACGUUGAUGAAGUCCUUUAUAUUGUCGUAUUUGGGGAAUCCUUACUAAAUGACGCCGUAACUGUUGUACUUUACCAUAUGUUCGAGGCUUAUACAGAGAUGGGUCCAUCUCGGCUUAUGUAUACAGACUUUUUGGCUGGUUUCGCAUCUUUCUUGGUGGUGGCAGUCGGUGGUACUUGUAUUGGGGUCGUUUGGGGUUUUGGUACUGGUCUCGUUACACGCUUCACCAAUGAAGUAAGAGUAAUUGAGCCCAUUUUCAUAUUCGUGAUGGCAUAUUUGGCGUAUUUAAACGCGGAGAUGUUCCAUAUGAGUGGCAUACUGGCGAUAACCUUUUGCGGUAUUACAAUGAAGAACUACGUAGAAGCCAACAUCUCGCACAAAUCGCACACAACAAUUAAAUACACCAUGAAAAUGCUAUCAUCUUCGUCGGAGACUAUAAUUUUUAUGUUCCUGGGCGUCGCUACUGUCAAUAACAAUCAUGAUUGGAACACUUGGUUUGUGUUGUUGACUAUCGUUUUCUGCUCAGUAUUUCGUAUUAUAGGAGUGUACAUAUUUAGUGCUGUAGCUAAUAAAUUCCGUUUGCACAAAUUGAAUACGGUGGAAAAGUUCGUUAUGUCUUAUGGAGGUCUUCGAGGCGCGGUCGCCUUUGCAUUGGUGCUAUUAAUAGAUCCCGAAGUAGUAAAGCUCCAGCCAAUGUUUGUAACGACAACAAUAGCUGUUAUAUACUUCACAGUUUUCAUUCAAGGGAUCACGAUUAAGCCCUUAGUGAAGAUAUUAAAUGUUAAAACUGUUGAAAAGAGGAAACCAACGAUGAACGAGAGGAUUCAUGAAAGGUUCAUGGAUCAUCUAAUGGCAGGCAUAGAGGACAUUUUAGGCAAACAUGGAAAUCACCACAUGAGAGAUAAAUUUAAAAGAUUCGACAAUAGAUUUAUACGACCAUUUCUGCUGAGAAAUUAUCAGGGCCAAGAGCCAAAAAUUCUAGAAACGUAUUCGAAAUUAGCGAUGAGAGACGCCAUAGAGUAUAUGCAAAGGAAUGCAUCUACUAUUGGAAAUAUAUCCGGAGCCGAGUCAAUGUCAGCUAUCUUUAAGAAUUACACCAACGCUAAUUUUAAUGGCAGCCCCAGUUUUAGCCAGCUAGAUUCGUCUACUUGGAAUAUAGAUAUGCAAGAAUUGGAAUACAAUCCGUCCAAAAAGGAUCUAACUGACGCCAGAAUUCACCAUCUCCUCGCCGAAGAACUCUGCAAGCCAUAUCGACGUCAUCGUCGAUUAAGCUACAGUCGACACGCUGUAAAUGACCGUGAUCUGGGUAUGCAGGUUAAUUACAAGACACAUAUGAACAUACGGAGGCUUGUUGGGGACAGGAAGCAUCACCACAAGCGGAGUAAACGAGGGAAGCAAGAUGGGAAAAAUCAUGUAACUUUUCCCGAGUUCCAGCAAAACGGUUCGGCCAAACAGUUCACGCACGGUAAAAAAAAAUAUUAUAGAUUAGACUACAUAGACGAAGUGCUCCAAGAGGACGAGGAACCUCGUCGCGAGAAUGAUGAUGGCGGUAUAACUUUCACAGCCAAAACCCCGCCUGGAUGUAACGAAGUCAGUCUUACAUCCUCGCAAAAGGAGAACAGUAGUUCCCUUCUUAACCAAUUGGCUAACCUGCCUGGCUUCAAUCCUCUGAAAGCGAGAAUUGUUAAGCAGUACGCUAAAACACCAGAGGAGAUAUUGCCAACGGCCGUUGAAAAAUCACUUCCCUGGCGAAGAGACAGGUCCACCUACAACUUCGUUCCAAAUGAGGAUAUCCUUGAAGAAGACGAAAGACGAAUGUCAGAUGAUAAUGAUACAUACAUGACGAUAGCAGAGCAGGGACGGGUCGCUACCCCUACGGCUACGGAGACCAUGUUGCCAUGGAAACGGGAGGAGGCAGAAGGGACGACAGCCCUCAAACAAUCAGAGUUCCCUUCAUGGGCCUCCAACAAGGAGUACCUAGCGUAUAGCUCGCCAUCGGCCACGUUUUUAGGUGGUAUAGAGAAGCCAAAACAUCCAAAAUCUAUCAUAGGUCUGUUCCGAAGAGAGAGUACUUGCUCACAACAAGCUGCAGACUUGCCAGUCGUAUCAGAUUCAGAGAGUAAGGCUGAUUCAUUGAAGGGUGAGAGUUCUUCAGUGUGCUCCACGAAAGGAGAGUCCCUGUUAUCACAAGCAAAGCAAGGGCCCAGUUUGUUGUCUAAAAGAAGUACAAGUCUUGGCGGACCUUCAGUUUUGUUGAUGGAAGAUGUAGCCCACUCUGAUCCCUUGGGAGCUUCUUCAAGACCUGCUAGUAUCAUGCAGGGACCUCAUCGAGGCCAAUGCAGGAGAGGAUCCAUGUUGGAACUUACUGGCUCCUUAUCUCGGGAUGCAAUAACAGAAGAGAAGUCUUGCAAAUCGCUACCAGAAAGUGAAAGGAUGGGUGUCCGCCGCCUCGCGCUGGGUCAGCAGAGCCUUCCGAGGGAAUCUUUCAUCAGACAACCGACCAUAGCCUCCAACCUCCUCACUAGCUCAUCUUCCGACGAAUCCUCCGACGAAUUCACCUGA